AUGUUUAGUAUUCUAGAGUCAAUCACAACUGACAUGGGAUCUUCUUUCAUAUCUAGAGAAAUGCUAGAUAUGGCAGAAGCAUUCAAGUUCAAACUACUUCAAUCCACUCCUUAUUAUGCUCAAGCUAAUGGACAGGCAGAAUCAAGUAACAAGGUGAUCAUCAACAUUAUCAGGAAAAUGCUUGAGAAAAAUCCAAAGCAAUGGCAUGAGAAAUUAUCAGAAACUCUCUGGGCAUAUAGAACUUCAAAGAGAGAUGCAACUGGCAUUACCCCAUAUGCUCUAACAUAUGGUCAUGAUGCAAUUUUGCCUAUGGAAAUAGCAGUCCAAUCUCUUAGAAUUGCUCAACAACACAAUCUAGUUGGAGACUACUCUCAAGUAAUGCUUCUAGAACUAGAAGGUUUGGAUACUAGCAGAAUUGAUACCCUCAACAAGCUCUUAGUAGGGAAACAGGCUAUAACAAGGGCAUACAACAAAAGAGUUAAAAACAAGAGUUUUGAAGAAGGAGAAAUAGUAUGGAAAGUAGUUCUGCCCCUUAGAACACACAUAGCUGGGUAUGGAAAAUGGUCACCCACAUGGGAAGGUCUUUUCAUAAUUAAGCAAGUCCUUGGAUUUGGGGCAUACAAAUUACAGGAUCGAGAUGGAGACAACCAUGUUGCGCCAAUCAAUGGAAAAUGGUUAAAGAAGUUCUAUUCAACUAUGUGGGAUUCACAGACAGUGCAAACAUAUCCUAGAAUUGAAGGAGAAAAAGAUGGAUUUGUUGUUUGA